AUGAAUUUGAAAGAAUGCCCAAUUUGGAAAGAAAAUGAAUUGCCUAAGGAAUUUAUUGAAAAUGUUAAAAUUUUGGAGAAAAAUUAUAAAAUGAUUGUUAAGGAAAUGGAAAAGGCAUUUAAAACGGGACAUCUUUGGAUUAAAAAUGAGAAUAUUCACACCAAAACUAGUUGGUUUACUUAUUUUUUGAUUAAAGAUGGAAAUUGGCAAAAGGAAUGUUGUAAUGAAUGUCCGGAAUUGGUUAAAUUGUUAAAGGAAUUUGAUGAAGAUUAUUUAUUAAAUAAUUGUUCUUUUGGAAAUGUCAAUUUUUCCAUGUUGCCCGCAAAUUCAGCAAUUCCGGAACAUAUUGGGACAACAAAUGUUAGAUUAAGAAUUCAUUUUGGAUUAGAAAUUCCUUGUGGAAAUGAAAGUGAAAAUUGCUUUAUGAAAGUUGGGAAUGAGAAAUUUCAUUGGACUUCAGGCAAAUCAACAAUAAUCAACACUUCUUUUUUUCAUUCUGUUUCGUCUGUUGGAUGUUCUGAAGACAGAAUUGUUUUAAUUGUUGACUUUUGGCAUCCAGAAUUGACUAAAGAAGAAAGGGGAAUAUUAAAAAAUAUAUUUCCUCCAAAAAGUAUUUCUUAA